UUUUAAAGCAAAAUCGCCCUCAUUGGACAUAUUACUAAGUUUCCUUUCCCUCUGCAUCUCAUCGCUUGUCCAGGGGUAAAAGGCGAGAUUCUUUUACCUCAUAAAGGUUAUGAGAGGAAUAGGAAAAUGAAAAGUAACUAUGGAGACCACUUCCUUCGUGUAAAAUGACGAAGGGACACACGGAGACGAUAAUAGGAACGCGCCGACAGACUCCGAAAGCCAUUAACAUUGUUUCGGCCGUUAAGGCGGUUGGCGGCAACUCUCCGCCCAGCGGCGGUUGCGUCGCAGCCCGAAGCGUGACUCGGCGCACGCUCUCUUUCGGCUCCUCGGCUCGCAGAGCCAGCGAGGCGGCGGGGGAGCGGGGAACUACCGCUCCCGUGAGGCUCUGCGCGGUCCAGGGUGCUUUACAAUAGCGCUCGGUUGGAGGGGCCUGCGGAGAAGCACUGGGAAGCGCGGCUUCCGGCAUGUUCAGCUCUGGACGAAGAAUGGCCGAGGAGUGGAGGGUGGGGGAGAGACUCCAAUGCCCAGCGGGCCGUGCGCGGGCGGCGCUUGCGCGAUACGCGGACGGGGGGGCGGUCGGGCCAUUUAAAUGUGUGUUUGUGGGUGAAAUGGCUGCGCAGGUCGGAGCGGUGCGCAUAGUACGGGCGGUGGCGGCGCAGGAGGAGCCGGACAAAGAGGGGAAGGAGAAACCCCACGCUGGGGUCUCGCCGCGGGGAGUGAAGCGGCAGCGCCGAGCGAGCAGUGGGGGGUCUCAGGAGAAGCGGGGGCGGCCGAGCCAGGACCCCCCUCUCGCUCCCCCUCACCGACGGCGUCGCAGCCGCCAACAUCCCGGGCCGCUGCCGCCAACGAAUGCAGCCCCAACCGGCCCAGGCCCUGUUGAGCCUCUGCUUCUGCCGCCUCCGCCGCCACCUUCGCUGGCACCCGCCGGGCCCGCUGUCGCUGCCCCGCUCCCGGCCCCGGGCACCUCGGCCCUCUUCACCUUCUCGCCCCUGACGGUGAGCGCGGCCGGGCCCAAGCAUAAGGGCCACAAGGAGCGGCACAAGCACCAUCACCACCGCGGCUCUGAUGGUGACCCCGGCUCCUGCGUUCCGGGAGAGCUCAAGCACAAGGACAAGCAGGAAAACGGCCAGAGGACUGGCGGGGUGCCUGUAAUCAAGGCCCCCAAGAGAGAAACACCAGAUGAAAAUGGUAAGACCCAGAGAGCUGAUGAUUUUGUCUUGAAGAAAAUAAAGAAGAAAAAGAAAAAGAAACACCGAGAAGAUAUGCGAGGAAGACGCCUUAAAAUGUACAAUAAGGAAGUACAAACCAUCUGUGCUGGCCUGACCCGCAUCAGCAAGGAAAUCCUCACCCAAGGACAAAUAAAUAGCACUUCAGGAGUUAAUAAGGAGUCCUUCAGGUAUCUGAAAGAUGAACAGCUGUGUCGAUUAAAUUUGGGCAUGCAAGAAUAUCGGGUACCCCAGGGAGUACAAACACCUUUUAUGACUCACCAGGAACAUUCUAUUCGUAGAAAUUUCUUAAAAACAGGUACUAAAUUUAGCAACUUUAUUCAUGAGGAACACCAGUCCAAUGGUGGUGCUCUUGUCCUUCAUGCUUACAUGGAUGAACUCUCAUUUUUGUCUCCAAUGGAGAUGGAGAGAUUUUCUGAGGAGUUUCUUGCUUUGACAUUCAGUGAAAACGAGAAAAAUGCUGCUUACUAUGCUUUAGCAAUAGUGCAUGGAGCGGCCGCUUAUCUCCCAGACUUCUUGGACUACUUUGCUUUUAAUUUCCCCAACACUCCAGUGAAAAUGGAAAUUCUGGGCAAGAAAGAUAUUGAAACAACCACCAUUUCAAAUUUUCACACUCAGGUCAACAGGACAUACUGCUGUGGCACCUACCGAGCAGGUCCUAUGAGGCAGAUAAGUCUUGUUGGAGCAGUAGAUGAAGAAGUUGGUGAUUAUUUCCCAGAGUUCCUUGAUAUGUUAGAAGAAUCACCAUUUCUGAAAAUGACUUUGCCCUGGGGUACACUUUCCAGCCUUCGACUCCAGUGUAGGUCCCAGAGUGAUGAUGGGCCUAUCAUGUGGGUAAGGCCAGGAGAGCAGAUGAUCCCUACAGCAGAUAUGCCAAAGUCACCCUUCAAAAGACGACGAUCAAUGAAUGAAAUUAAAAAUCUCCAGUACCUACCUCGGACCAGUGAACCCCGUGAAGUCCUCUUUGAAGAUAGGACAAGAGCUCAUGCUGAUCAUGUAGGUCAGGGGUUUGACUGGCAGAGUACGGCUGCUGUUGGGGUUUUGAAAGCUGUACAGUUUGGUGAAUGGAGUGACCAGCCUCGCAUAACCAAAGAUGUGAUUUGUUUUCAUGCUGAGGAUUUUACUGAUGUUGUACAGAGGCUUCAGUUAGACCUUCAUGAACCUCCAGUUUCCCAGUGUGUGCAGUGGGUGGAUGAAGCAAAACUAAACCAAAUGAGGCGGGAAGGCAUUCGUUAUGCUAGAAUUCAGCUGUGUGACAAUGAUAUCUACUUCAUCCCUAGAAAUGUCAUUCAUCAGUUCAAAACAGUGUCAGCAGUUUGCAGCUUAGCCUGGCAUAUAAGGCUUAAACAGUACCACCCCGUUGUGGAAGCCUCGCAAAACACAGAAAGCAGUUCUAACGUGGACUGUGAUUUAACUGGAAAGAGAGAAUUAGAAGUUGACUCCCAGUGUGUGAGGAUAAAAACUGAAUCUGAGGAAACAUGCACAGAGAUGCAGCUUUUGACAACUGCUUCAUCGUCCUUCCCACCUUCAUCUGAACUUAAUCUACAGCAAGAUCAUAUGACUCAGCCUAUUCCAGUUUUAAAGGUGGAAAGUAGACUGGACUCUGACCAGCAACACAAUCUACAGGAACAUUCAAGCACUCCUGUGUGAUAUGUAGAUAUUCAAACACAUUUUUUAACUUUUUUAAAUUUUGAUGUGAAGUUAUAGUUUUAUAACUGGCUUAAGUUAAGUUUUAUUGGAGAAAUCUUGCCUAUAAUUCUAUAAAGAGAAAUGACAUUCCACAAAUGUCAAGCAUAUCUUUUUUACACAGAUUAUGCAAAGUUAAGAGUUGUAUCUUAUCCCGUUAGUACAGUAUGUAAUAGUGGGUCUGCUGCUACUUUCUGUUUUAAGGUGUGAGGUAACAAUUCAAUCUCUUCUUCAAAUCUAAAUGAGAAUUCUAUGGAAUAACAGAUUCUUAUUUGGUAAAUUAUUCACUUCCUUUAAUUUUAUCUUGCCUUGUCUCUUGCCAUAUUUGCUGUUUUUAUGAUAGAAGAUCAGAUGGUUUAGUACUUGUGCUUUUAUGGCACAGAUUCAAUAUCUACAGUAAAAAUGGCAUAGGUUAUAGGAAAGAAUUCCUGCAUCUUGUACAUGGGCAAGUCAGUUAUUUAGUUCCAACCAUAAAGAACAGGUAGUUUCUAAGGAAUUCAGUGGCUCUCUGAUUUCUUAACAAAAGAGAAAGCACAGCACUUUCUGAUCCAAACUGUCUUUUUUUGUAUCUGUUAUUUAAAGUCCAGUGGAUAUUGCAAUUAAAAAUAUCUAAAGAUGAAUAGUCCUUGGUCAUUCAUUCUCCAUGGUUCAUUAAUCUCUUCUAGAAUACAUGGUAACUGUGGAAGAUAUUUUGGGUAAAAGAGAGAAUGUUGACAUGAUACUCUGUUGUUCUGCUCCCUAGCAUCCUCACAUUUUGUGUGGAUACUUUUGCUUCCUAAACUGAUCAUGAGUAUCAGACUUAGAGAUAUCUUUCAGAUGAGGCUGCCAUAUUUUGUGCAUGAAACUUAGGAAAAACUAUUUUUGUCACCUGGCAUCAACCUCUUCAUGAUAAAGAUCUGUUGAGAUACUUCACAGUUUCAACUGAUGAAUACCUGGGUUUAUUUAUUAUUACUCUGUGUUGCUACUGUCUAAUAAAGAAUAUGGCACUAGACUUCAUCCUAGAGUUUCAGGUAGCCUAAUCCUUAUUAGUGCCUGCGUAUUUAACAAUUUUUUUUCGAACAGGCACAGUUCAUAUAGCUAGUGUAGUCUUAUAACUUCCUAUUAUUUUAGAAUGUUAAUGUGAUACACAUUUCACUUUCUCUUAGUUAAUAAUACAGUAGGCCUUUUGUUUAUUAAAGGAAGAGUACUCCCCACACCUAAGACCAGAUUCUUGUAUCUAUCUACCUGGUUAUAGUGCAAUUUGGAGAUUUUUUUUUCUGGAGGGUGAGAUUUGGAGUAUUUACAUUAACAUAGGCAAAAAAAAGAUGCUGCUUUAUUAUCUCUGUCACCAUGAAAACUUAGCUGCAUCUUCUGAAAUAUCAAAUAUGAAUUUUCUCUAAAAUAUUCUGAAAUAGGUUAAAUCUUAUAUAAAUAUUACUUUGUGCAAUAUUGUUGUGUAGUUAAAUGCAUAUUAGCAAAGUAUAGAGGUCACUGUGUAAACCGAUAGAAAAGUAACCAUCAGCAAAUACUGCAGUGAUUAGAUAGAAUCUGUAUUAUUCCUUAUGUAUCUGUAUAUGUAUGUACUCUCUGUUACAGAGGAUGAAGGCAAAUAGAGAAACAGUUCAAUGUAAACCAUUUAUGAAUUGGAAGUGAUGUUGGUUUUAGUUAUCUUUGUAAAUAAGGUAAUUAGAAUGGUAUGAAAAGUAAUGUGAUUAUUGCAGGGGUGUUUUAAAAUCGUGGGUAUAAAUUUUAGGGUAAAUUCUAGUUUAUCAUGGCUAGUUUUUAAGGGACCUGCCUUUGAGGGUGUUUUUUGUUAUUUUGUUAUUUUAGGGGGAGGGGGUUAAUCACAAAGUAUGUGGGUUUGGGUUAUUUCUUGU